CGGCCGCUGCGCUCGCCGGGCCGCCCCCUCCCCUCCCCCUCCCGGCCCGGGCGGGGGCGCGGGAGAAACGGUGACGUCAAGGGGCGCGCGGUGGCGGCACCUCCCCGCGCGCUAGUUAAAAAGAAGAAGAAAAGAGGGAGCGAAACAUGAGAGGCUGUGCGAGACGCUGCAGCCGCCGGCAGAGGAGACCUCAGCAUCCUCCGGAUCCCAGCGCGGGCCCUGCCGCCGCCGGCCCCGCCGCCGCCGCCGCCGCUCCGGGGCCUGCUACGGUCUCCCCGCGACCGCUCCCGCGGCGCGGACAAGUGGAGCUCUGUGGCGGGCUUCUCCUCCGCGUCUGCCUCCUCCUCUGCCAACGCCUGCUCCUCCGCCCACGCCCCCGCCGCCGCCGCGAGCCCCUGACCCAGCUGACACUGGCACCGCUGCAGACGGUGCCACCCGCCCAGCCCGACCCCGCCGCUCGGGCUCCCCCCGGGCGCUGGCCCCCGCGCCGCGUCUUUUCUGCUUCGCAAAGUUGCAUCGCGCGACAGAUUCUCGCCCCCGCCACUUCCCGCUGCCUCUAGAGUGUCCCGCCCGCGGCAGAGCCCGCAGCCCCAAGAGCCCCGCCGGGCAGCGGCGCCCCCAGCCCAGCCCCGCGCGCCCAGCCCCGCCCGACGGCAGACGAUGCUGAAGAUGCUCUCCUUCAAGCUGCUGCUGCUGGCCGUGGCGCUGGGCUUCUUCGAAGGAGAUGCCAAGUUUGGGGAAAAGGGCGAAGGGAGCGGAGCGCGGAGGAGAAGGUGCCUGAAUGGGAACCCCCCGAAGCGCCUGAAAAGGAGAGACCGGCGGAUGAUGUCCCAGCUGGAGCUGCUGAGCGGGGGAGACGUGCUGUGCGGCGGCUUCUACCCGCGGCUGUCCUGCUGCCUGCGGAGUGACAGCCGGGCACUGGGGCGCCUGGACCCCAAGAUCUUUUCUGUCACCAACAACACAGAAUGUGGGAACUUACUGGAGGAAAUCAAGUGUGCACUUUGCUCACCACAUUCCCAAAGCCUGUUCCACUCCCCUGAGAGAGAAGCCUUGGAAAGAGACCUUGUACUGCCCCUGCUCUGUAAAGACUAUUGCAAAGAAUUCUUUUAUACUUGCCGUGGACAUAUUCCAGGUUUCCUUCAAACUACUGCUGAGGAGUUUUGCUUUUAUUAUGCAAGAAAAGAUGGUGGUUUGUGCUUUCCGGAUUUUCCAAGAAAACAAAUUAGAGGCCCAGCCUCUAACUACUUGGACCAGAUGGAAGAAUAUGAGAAAAUGGAGGAGAUCAGCAGAAAGCACAAACACAACUGCUUCUGUGUUCAGGAGGUCGUAAGCGGACUGCGCCAGCCGGUGGGGGCUGUGCACAGCAGCGAUGGCUCGCACCGGCUCUUCAUUCUGGAAAAGGAGGGGUUCGUGAAAAUACUCACCCCCGAAGGAGAAAUUUUCAAGGAGCCUUAUUUGGACAUUCACAAACUUGUUCAAAGUGGAAUAAAGGGAGGAGAUGAAAGAGGACUGUUAAGCCUUGCAUUCCAUCCCAAUUACAAGAAAAAUGGAAAGCUGUAUGUGUCUUACACCACCAACCAGGAGCGCUGGGCUAUAGGACCCCACGACCACAUUCUUCGCGUGGUGGAGUACACAGUCUCCAGGAAAAACCCCCAUCAAGUGGACCUGAGAACGGCCAGGGUGUUUCUUGAGGUAGCAGAGCUACACAGGAAGCACUUGGGGGGGCAGCUGCUGUUCGGCCCUGACGGCUUCCUCUACAUCAUCCUCGGCGACGGCAUGAUCACGCUGGACGACAUGGAGGAGAUGGACGGGCUCAGCGACUUCACAGGUUCAGUGCUUCGGCUGGACGUGGACGCCGACACGUGCCACGUGCCUUACUCCAUCCCAAGGAGCAACCCACACUUCAACAGCACCAAUCAGCCCCCCGAGGUGUUCGCCCACGGCCUCCACGAUCCAGGCAGAUGUGCUGUGGACCGACACCCCACAGAUGUGAACAUCAACCUGACAAUACUUUGCUCAGACUCCAAUGGAAAGAACAGAUCCUCGGCCAGAAUCCUACAGAUAAUAAAAGGGAAAGAUUAUGAAAGCGAGCCCUCACUUUUAGAGUUCAAGCCAUUCAGUAACGGCCCUUUGGUGGGUGGAUUUGUUUACCGAGGCUGCCAGUCCCAGAGACUAUACGGAAGUUACGUGUUUGGAGACCGGAACGGGAAUUUCUUAACUCUCCAGCAAAGUCCCGUGAGCAAGCAAUGGCAGGAAAAACCACUCUGUCUGGGCAAUGGAGGUUCUUGUAGAUCCUACUUUUCAGGCCACAUCCUGGGAUUUGGAGAAGAUGAAUUAGGCGAAGUUUACAUUCUAUCCAGUAGUAAAAGUAUGACCCAGACUCACAAUGGAAAACUGUACAAGAUUGUAGACCCCAAAAGACCUGUGGUGCCUGAGGAGUGCCGGGCCACCGUGCAGCCUGCCCAGAUGCUGAGCUCCGAGUGCGCCAGGCUCUGUCGCAACGGUCACUGUGCCCCGUCGGGAAAAUGCUGCUGCAGCCCAGGCUGGGAAGGCGACUUCUGCAGAAUCGCUAAAUGUGAGCCAGCAUGCCGGCAUGGAGGCGUCUGUGUGAGACCGAACAAGUGCCUCUGUAAAAAGGGAUAUCUUGGUCCUCAGUGUGAACAAGUGGACAGAAACUUCCGCAGAGUGACCAGGGCAGGUAUUCUUGAUCAGAUCAUUGACAUGACAUCUUAUUUGCUGGAUCUAACAAGUUACAUUGUAUAGUUUCUGGGACUGUUUGACUAUUCCUUUCCAAUGGGCAUUUAUUUUUUAUCCUGUCAUUAAAAAGAAAGACUGUUAUCCUGCUA